AUCUAUCAUUUUUGUAAUUGAUCUGUCACAGUUAAGACGAUUCAUGUAGAGUAGCCCUUCGUGUAAUAGUCACCGUCACACAGUUUCCUAGUUUCUAGUACCUACACAAUCCCCGUUCAUCCCGAAAACUCGCUCCUACAAUUCCUCAAUGCUACGUUCCAUAAGAAAUUUAAAGUGUAUAGGCCUAAGUGCAGGUGUGCGCCGUGGAUGCACUGUAAUGGCAGAGGCUCACCGGAGUGAUAUCCAUUUGGUGUUACCCACGGUCCUGUCCUCAGAGUUUGCCAAGGAUAUUGCCCCACUUCCAGUACCCGUCUUAAUUGAGAAAUAUUCCCGGCAUGCUCCAGGCGGCCAGUUCGCUACCGUAGCGGAGUACCUGCACAGCGAUCCAAUGCCUAAUGAAGUUCUGGUCCCGGAGGAGAUCGAUCUUCAUCGGACGAUGACACUAAACGACCUCAACGCCUAUAUGCAGGCAAAAACAGAAUUCAAGGAGCCGCACCGCAAGGUUCUCAAUUUCGCCCACGUUCUCGUAGUGGCCGGGGCAGACUUGAUUCGGGGUUGUCCAUUUCGUCAGCGAUCUGAAUUUCUCUACCUCUGCGACUGCUUGCGGCCAGGAUCGGCACUAGUGCUCCACCACAGUCGGAAGCAAAAAACUGGCGCUUUGCUCUUUCUAUCCGAGAAAAGUGACCCAGAGCUGGCCAGGAUUUUCAGCCAUAUGCACAAUGUGGACGAGGUUUUGCCCCUCGACAUGCUGAAAAAGAGCUUGUUCUGGUUACUUAAGGACCAAACCCCUGAGCUGUGGCACACCUUGAAGCCAUCAAGUGAAGUUAGUCGCAUAGUAAGCGAGGCAUCCGAAGAGGCGAACAUCCCUCUGUCCAACCCCCAAUACAUUCUACAGUAUACCCGAACAUUUAAAACUAACCGGGAGCUGGCUGCCUUGAGACGGGCCAAUGCUAUUGCCGCUGAGUCAAUGGCAGAAGUGAUCGCCUACAACACAUCUCAACCACAUCAAUGUAAUCCUCGGAGACUGGCAACACUGUUUGACUACAACACCCGGCGACGACAUGCUCACCCGGAGCAGCCCUCAGCCGAGGUCGCAUGCGGUUCAGAUGCAACUGGGCUGUGGCAUAUGGAUGCUAGUUGCCAAUACGGGGGCUACCAGGGUGGGCUGGUCAGAACCUGGCCAGGCGCAGGCCGUUUCACACCACCUCAAAAAAUGUUGUAUGGUGCACUCUUAGAUAUGCGACGCGAUCUCUGUGCACUGGUCGAGGCUGCCGGAGACGGUGGUGCUGUGAGCACGCCACUGGAGCUGCACGCCGCUUACCUGAUCCUUCUAGCCGAACACCUCCGGGAGUUGCGAAUACUUUCCAAUACCAAAAGGAGUCCUGCCGAGACCGUAAGGGCGGCGAGCAAGUUCAACUGUACACCGGUAGUCGUUUCUCAUAUGGGCAUUGAUCGGCGGGACACCAGUCGAAAGUUACUCGGUUACCCGUUUGCCCCCGGGAACGUUUUAUCGCUCCGGCUAUCCAUUUCCAUACCAGACGACUGCUGUGAGGCUUACCCUGAGUUCCGUGGUAUCCUAUGCCAGCUUGGCGACACCCUUUAUAUUCGGGAUGACUUCAGUGUAGAAGUGCUCACUGCGAUUUGCCCCACCAAGCACAAACACAAAAUAAUUUCUUUUGAUAUUUAAAUAUAGGAUUUUACUGUUUACUUGCA